UGGGUGGAAAAAAAUCGUUUACUCCUUUAAAAACCUUCAUGUCCACCCACAGACCAAUCACUGGCUGAUCUCCUUUCUUCUGUCAAAACGAUGUCGGUUUCGGAGCUUGCUUGCACUUACGCUUGUCUGAUCCUCCAUGAUGAUGGCAUCCCCAUCAGUGCAGAGAAGAUUUUACAAUUGGUGAAAGCAGCCAAUGUUACUGUUGAUUCUUACUGGCCUGGCUUGUUUGCGAAGCUAGCUGAGAACAAAAACAUUGAUGACCUUAUUAUGAAUGUGGGGUCUGGUGGUGCAGCAGUUGCUGUUGCCGCUCCUGCAGGAGGUGCUGCUGGGGCUGAUGCUGCUCCUCCACCUGAAGAGAAGAAGGAAGAGCCCAAGGAAGAGAGUGACGAAGAUAUGGGAUUCAGCUUGUUUGAUUAGGAGCUUCUUGCAUUAUGUUUGUCCUUUACUAGUUUAUUACUCUACAAUGAGGGUGGAUCUUUUAGUACUUGUAUAAGUCCACCGAGUAGACCCGGGCUUGAUGGCCCAGGCUUAUGCUAUUUUGAGGUAUAGAUAAUCAUGGAUGAAGAAAUGUUGUGUUGGUGUGGAUCUAAAUAUGUUGUGUUUGUGAUUCUAGAUUUAUCUAUACUAAUAAACUAAGUAUGGUGGAUUACUUA